UUUUUUUUUUUUUUAUUUUUCUUUCAUUUUUUUUUCCCAUUUCCUUUCGAUCAUGCGGUCUGCAGCUCUGCUCGUCGUUGUGCUCGCCGCCGUCGCCGCCGCCGCGCCCUUCCACCUGACGCAGGGCACCUUCAAGCUCGGCACCUCCGUCACCAACCGCCUCCUCGACGCUCAAGACUCGCAUGCUGGCCGCCGCUCGCUCGGCGACGUCCCCAAGCAGUGGUUUACCCAGAAGCUCGACCACUUCAACACCUUCGACGAGACCACUUGGCUGCAAAAGUACUACGUCAACCAGACCUUCUGGGGCGGCCCAGGCUACCCGAUCUUUUUCAUGAUUGGCGGCGAGGGUCCGAUCGACGACCGCUAUGUCACUGCAAUGGACUAUGUUAUCUAUGCGCGCACAUACAAGGCGCUGAUGGUCACCCUCGAGCACCGUUUCUACGGCGAGAGCGUGCCCACCGCUGACUACUCGGUCGCCAACCUCCGCUUCCUGACCUCUCAGCAGGCUCUUGCCGACGCUGCCAACUUUGCCGCCAACAUUACCCUGCAGUUCAACGCACCUACUUCGUCCUGGGUCACUUUCGGUGGUAGCUACCCUGGUUGCCUCUCUGCUUGGGCUCGCCUCAAGUAUCCCAACCUCUUCCAGGGCUCUAUCUCGACCUCUGGCCCCGUGCAUGCCGAGCUGAACUUUGUGCAAUACCUUGAGGUUGUCCAGGCCUCGCUCGAGUAUUUCGGCGGCACGACCUGCUCUUCGCUCAUCACGCAAGCUACCAACAAGAUCCAAACUCUGCUUCAGCAGCCUGGUGGUCUCAGCUCUGUUGGCAAGCUCUUCAGUGUUUGCGUCCCGCUCAACUCCCAAGAUGACGUUGCCAACUUUAUGUCGACUCUCGCCGGUAACGUCAUGGGUGUCGUUCAGUACAACAACGAAGGCCGCGGUGGCCCCACCAUCACCGAUGUCUGCGCUACCAUGCUGAGCAACUCUGAUCCUCUUCAAGCUUACGUCAACCUCAACCAGCUCUUCCUUGCUUCUGGCAACGUCACUUGCCUCGAUGUUGCUUACAAGCCCAUGAUCCAGCAGCUCCAGGAUACCGCUCCUGGUGCUGAUGUCGGCGGUCGCAGCUGGCUCUGGCAGACUUGCCAGGAGUUUGGCUUUUACCAGACCACAGACUCCACCUUCUCGCACGUGUUUGGCAACCUGUUCCCGCUUUCCUUCAGCCUCCAGAUGUGCAACGACGUUUUCGGCACCAACUACCAGCAGGCGGACUUCCAGAAGCGCUUGAACUGGACGAACGACUACUACGGCUCGCUCGACUUUUCUGGCUCAAACACCUUCUUUAUUCACGGCUCCAUUGAUCCCUGGCACGCCCUUGGCAUUUACCAGAUCACCUCGCCCGUCAACUCUGCCACUCUCAUCACUGGCACUGCUCACUGCGCCAACAUGCGCAUGCCGCUUCCAUCGGAUCCCCCGCAGCUUGUCGCCGCUCGUCUCCAGACCUCCGAGACAAUUGGAAAGUUCCUUUGAGCUGGCUUGGAGUUGUUGCCUUGUUGAUUUGCAAUCGCAACAGACAAUAAAGUGUUCAAGCAACUUGGACCUUCAACACUCUCA